GCAGGAAGUACGUCACCACGUCCCUGGAACCUUCAGCUGUCAGACUUUGGCCACCCUAAAAGUACAGGUUUUGUUAGCAAACUAAACUCGAAGAGUUCGCGCAGCGCCGACUUGAUUUAAACUCGUGCAUUUGCUUGUUGAUCGAUCAUUGGACGCUCCGUCCGCAGAGUGAAGCCCAAAGAUUGCACCGAGGAGAAACGUCGUGUUUUAAUCGCUGCUCGUUUUUGCACGACAAGCCAGCAGCGAUCCUGAGCGGGUGUAAGGGUAGAUGCAGGGAGGGAGUAAAAAAAAAGCAAAAGUCUUUGUGCUUCCCUUCCCCCUCAUCAAAGCAAAGGGGAAAUGUCUCUGUCUAAAGGAGGGAAGAAGAAGAACCAUGGGCUGAAACUGGACAAAGGAGCGUUUGCAGCUCCACCACCAGAAGCAGCAGCCCCCCCUCGAGAUCUUGACUCCAAAGCCUGUGUUACUAUCGGAGAGCAGAAUUUUGUGGUGAAGGCAGAUGACUUGGAGCAGAUUGAAGAACUUGGGAGGGGAGCGUACGGCGUGGUGGACAAGAUGAGACACGUGCCCAGUCGUGUUAUCAUGGCUGUCAAGAGGAUUCGUGCCACUGUCAACACCCUGGAGCAGAAGAGACUUCUGAUGGACCUGGACAUUUCUAUGCGGACUGUAGACUGCUUCUACACUGUGACCUUCUACGGCGCCCUCUUCAGAGAGGGUGAUGUUUGGAUCUGCAUGGAGCUGAUGGACACUUCUUUGGAUAAGUUCUACAAGAAAGUUAUUGAAAAAGGACAGACCAUCCCCGAGGACAUCCUGGGAAAAAUCACAGUAGCUAUUGUCAAGGCAUUAGAGCAUUUGCACAGUAACCUGUCAGUGAUCCACCGAGAUGUGAAGCCCUCCAAUGUCCUGAUCAACACUCUGGGCCAAGUGAAAAUGUGCGACUUUGGCAUCAGCGGUCACCUGGUGGACUCUGUGGCCAAAACAUUGGAUGCUGGCUGCAAGCCCUACAUGGCGCCUGAGCGAAUCAACCCUGACCUCAACCAGAAAGGUUACAGUGUCAAAUCAGACAUCUGGAGUCUUGGUAUCACAAUGAUUGAACUGGCCAUUUUGAAAUUCCCCUACGACUCUUGGGGAACCCCGUUUCAGCAGCUCAAGCAGGUGGUGGAUGAACCGUCUCCACAGCUGCCCGCUGACCGCUUCUCCCCGGACUUCGUAGAUUUCAUCUCCCAGUGCUUAAGGAAGAAGCCAAGUGAGAGACCAGCUUAUACUGAACUAAUGCAACAUCCAUUUUUCACCGUGCAUGACGCCAAAGAGACAGACGUGGCCAGUUUUGUCAAGGUCAUCCUGGAUGACUGAUGUGCCCCCUCACCUCCCCAAUCCUGGGUCUCCACCCCAUUAGGGUAGGCGGGAUGUCUCCGCAG